AUGCACUUCAAACGUUCAAUCACUGUGGUUGGCUGCCAUGCCGAAGGAGAAGUCGGCGAUGUAAUUAUAGGCGGUGUUUUGGAUGUACCUGGCAAGACCAUGUUCGAAAAGCUCCGUCAUUUCGAAACUAAGAAGGAUGACUUGCGCCAAUUCCUCCUCAAUGAGCCCCGGGGCCGAGCCCCCAUGAACGUCAAUCUAGUCCUCCCACCCUGUGAUCCUCGCGCUGAUGCUGGUUUUCUGAUCAUGGAGAGUAAUGAAUAUGCUCCCAUGUCCGGAUCGAAUACCAUAUGCACGACAACAGUCCUCCUGGAGACGGGGAUGAUACCCAUGAAAGAGCCGGUGACAGAAGUAUCGCUCGAUACUGCCGCGGGAAUGGUUACGGUGACUGCGGAAUGUGAAGGAGGUAAAUGUAAAAGUGUGGAGUUCAACAAUGUUCCCUCAUUUGUUCUCGAGCUUGACAUGAAGGUGACUGUUCCCGGGGUUGGAGAGAUAUCCAUCGAUAUUGCAUACGGCGGAAUGAUGUAUAUCCUUGUUGACGUGGCUUCGGUUGGAUUGGCGGUACAUGAUAAGUUUGCACAAAAGUUGAUUGAUAUCGGAGAGAGUAUCAAAAGAUCUGUUCGAGCUGUAUAUACCCCUGUUCAUCCGGAGAAUCCAGGUAUCACGGGGUUCAGUGUGCUAGCAUUCACAGAGCCUCUCACAAUCGAGGAAGACGGUUGCAAGGCUGCUAGUAACGCUGUGAUCGUCUCUCCUGGGCGAUUCGAUCGAAGUCCUUGUGGUACAGGGACAUGUGCGCGACUGGCUGUCAUGCACGCCAGGGGUGAGGUGAAGGAAGGGGAAAUUUUCAAGCAUCGGAGCAUUAUUGGCACGGAAUUUGUGAGCCGGAUUCGUGGUCUCGCUGCUGUUGGAAAAUACCCUGCCAUUCUACCUACGGUAAAGGGUCGAGCUUGGAUAACGGCGUUUAAGCAAGUUGUUCUCGAUCCGUCAGAUCCGUUUCAAGAGGGCCGCUCUUUCUUGAGCAAGAAGAUUGGGUAUAAGACAGAAAGACUGGACGAUCUCUUAGAAGUAGUAAGAGAUAUGUAUAUACGUAUGAAAGGUGAGCUCGAUAUCUGA